UGCUUCCCUAUGCUUUCCCAUCCCUCUCUGUGCUUUACAAUGCUUCCCUAUGCUUUCCCAUCCCUCUCUGUGCUCUGCAAUGCUCAUCUCUUCUUCACCGUGCUUUCACAAGGCUUUAUUACACUUUAUGGUUUUACUAUGGGACACAGUGAGCUACUGCCCCCUGGAAGACAAAGACCAGCACUGCAGGUUAAUCUCCCUGAGCACCGCAGAAGCUCCAAAGCCAAUGCAGGGCUUCCUACACAACCCCCAGCUAGCCAUAUACGUUUAAAAAGUAUUUAAAAAAAAGUGGGGUUUAGUCUAUGCUAUUCAGUGCACAGGGUCUGUUUUCUGGUCUAUAGUCUAUGGUAUAUGCUGUCCAGCAUAUGGUCUGUGGUGUAUAAUCUAGUCUAUGGUACCGAGGCCAGCAGAGUUUUUGUACAGCCAAGAUACAGCCCUGAUCACGUGACCGUCGUGCAGCUAAGAAAUCAAACUGUCACAUGAUUUGAAUGAAAGAGGAAGGCUGUGACAGGCUCUAAGCAGCUCAAAACCAGGGAAAAGCAGAUUUAGAGAAGCCUGCAGUGUUAAUCAAACACCAUUAGUGAUUCUGCAGUGAUAAACCCCAGUCUGAGUUUAGCCAAUUUUGUUUAUAGCGGCACCAAUCCAAUACUGUGUCACUGCUACGCUUUGCAUGUAUUCGAUAAAUCCUUGAACUUCAGGGAACUAACAAGUGAACUCCCCCGCUACACAGGAUUGAAGUAAUGCUUGUACUGAAUCGUGUUGUUUACAGCCCUUCCUUCCUCUCUCAUUAAACGGUCCAGUCCGCCUGCAGUGAGUCAGCAUCCUGUCCGAGGUGUGGCCGAAGAACAAUGUAGCUCCGGACACCUGCUUCUGCCAGGGCCCGAAUCCGCGGCGCGCGCAACUCCCCUCCCAGCGUGUCAUUUCCUGGUAGAGGAUACAACCUGGCAGUAAACAGGCAGGCCAGCGUAACCAGUGCUGUCGUUUACAAGGAACUUGUACAAAACUGGUAGUAGUUACACUUGUGCUGUGCUGUGCCGCAGGGCUGCAUGGCGGUGCCACGGUACUCUUCCCCCCCGGACGGGGGCUGGGGCUGGGUCAUCGUGUUCUCUCUCUUCCUGGAGUCAGCGCUGGUGUUCGGGCUGAUCCGCUCCUUCGGCGUGUUCUUCGUGGAGUUCGUGGAAUACUUCGAGGAGCCGGCCGUAGCUGUGUCCUGGAUAACUUCCAUCGGGGUCGCAGUGCAGCAGUUUGCAAGUCCGCUCGCGAGUGCGCUCAGCAGUGCGUGGGGGGCACGGUCGGUGGUAAUGGUGGGUGGAGUCCUGGCCAGUUUGGGGAUGAUCCUGGGCUCUCUGGCCAGCAGCCUGACUCACCUGUACCUGUCCAUCGGGCUCAUCUCAGGUCUGGGCUGGGCGCUGGUCUUCACCCCCUCCGUUGCCAUGGUAACGCGCUAUUUCCACCAGCGACGCACUCUGGCCAUGGGGGUGGGCGUGGCCUCCUUUGCCUUCUCGCCGCUCUUCCAGUUCCUGGUGGAUCACUACGCCUGGCGGGGGGCCCUGCUCAUCCUGGGGGGGCUGACCCUGAACCUCGUGGUGUGCGGGGCUCUGCUCCAACCCCUGAGGCUGCUGCAGGACCAGAGCAUCACAACCAGCCCGCAGAACUCCAGCUCCUCCUCCUCCUCCCCGCUCCUCUCCAGGCUGUGGUCCCUGUUCGACCUCUCCUUGCUCAAACACUGGCCCUUCCUUACCUACACAGCCGCUGUCACCCUCUUCAACGCCGGCUACUUUAUCCCAUACAUCCACAUGGUGGCCCAUAUCCAGCAGAAGGGCUUCUCCGAGUACCAGGCUGCCCUCGUCAUGUCUCUUGACCGGACUCAUGAGUCCGGUGGUCGACGGGGCAGUCAGAGAUUGGCUGGCCUCACAUCCUGGGGCUCUGUGCCCCGGAGCAGGCCGGCCCACAGUCCAUACGCGUCCCACUCCACCGACCACCCUUCCACCCCGUUAAAAAUUUUACCAAUUAAAAACCACAUCGACGUCUACUGGCUCUGGCUGCAGAUGAUCGAGAGCGUGGGGGGGCUGUUGGGGUCCCCGCUGUCAGGCUGGCUCAAGGACCUCACUGGGGAUUUCACUGCCUCGUUCCUGGUCGCUGGGGCAUUCCUCCUGGCCGGGACUCUGGUUCUGUUCGCUCUGCCCCGCUUCUUCUCCUGUUCGGGCCCUCAGAACCAACGCUCCGAGUCUGAAUCGAUAUCCAACGGAACCAGGCCCCCUAGCAGCAGCCACCCAGAACCCCAGAACUCCACGGAGACCCAAGCAGCCCUGCUGACCGGACCGAGUGAGACUGACCUUUGCCGGGUUGGGUCAGAACCACAGUACUAUGCAGGUUGA